AUGACGUCCCUUCAAAUAAAUCUCAUUGAGCCACCAAACACACCUACAUAUACCUCGUAUCUACCUCCUCUGAAAUACGAGAAACUCCCAACACCUUCGUCUAUUCGUCUUCUGAAAAUAGACCGUCUCCAUAGUAUCAAAGAUAACUUGGACUUAUUCCGACCUAUUACUUGUUCACUGGUGGUCAAAGAUCUCAACGACCGACCCAAGUACGAUGCAUUGUCGUAUACUUGGGGUGAUCCGCUGGGUCGUGAGUCGAGCAGCUCAGACUCAACAGCCCCAGGUGGCUGGGCAACUACGCCUUUCGGUAUGGCUUGUAACGGCCAGAGAGUUAAAGUCACAACAAAUCUACACACUGCUCUGAUCGCCAUACGCUAUCAUCUGUCCAAGCCGCAAACGCCUAUCUCACAAUUGCCGUUCUUCAGGAUGUCGGAAUACAUCUGGGUUGAUCAAAUUUGCAUCAAUCAGGCCGAUAUUUCCGAAAAGAGCUCCCAAGUCCAGCUCAUGGGCCGAAUAUAUCGCGAAUGCGUUCUGGUUCAUAUAUGGCUCGGGGGUUAUCAGAAAGACACCAGGGAUCUGCAGUAUGUCCGGCAAUCCCUUGAGCCACUCAACUGGAAGCCACAUAAAUGUGACAAAUACAAGGCCCUUGACAUGGUGGAUCGCCAGACCUGGAGAGUGUUAGGCAUCCGUCGAAUCACUCGAAAAAGAGCUCGUGGAAUGAUUAAUUUUUUCAAUCGAGCCUGGUUUAAGAGGUCAUGGAUCCUACAGGAAGAAGUCCUUGCUCCUAUGUCAAAUGCACUCUUUGGAUUGACGUUGAUGCCUUUUCAUCAAGACUUAAUAGGCUUCAUGGCCUUCCUCAAAAAUACUGGUUGGUUCGAGAAACUUUUUUUCCAAAUGCAGCACAAGUAUCUUCAAUCCACGGUUAUUUCUGAGUUUUUCAGCAACAUAGAAAGGGUCGCCUAUUCCCUAGGCAUCAGAAACUAUUUUAUACAGGAUCAUUACUACGGUGGUUCUCUUCCCCUGGGCACCAUUACUAGAAUGUUCCGCGCAUCUGAAGCUACAGACCCCAGAGACAAGGUUUACGCCUUUCUUGGCCUCAUCGAAAAUGAAGCAACCCAAAAGGCUGCCCAGAUUGUCCCAGAUUAUUCACGAAGCAUUGAGAGUGUCUAA